GACAGUCUUCUCAUGCUGCCUCUGCCACCUUCCUGGUCAGAAGACACCAUUUCACCGCUUACCCAGCAUGAUAGAAACAUACAGCCAAACUUCUCCCCGAUCGGUGCCUACUGGACUUCCCAGCAGCAUGAAAAUUUUUAUGUAUUUACUUACUGUUUUUCUUAUCACCCAGAUGAUUGGGUCGGCGCUUUAUGCUGUGUAUCUUCAUAGAAGAUUGGAUAAGGUCGAAGAGGAAAUAAGCCUUCAUGAAGAUUUUGUAUUCAUAAAGAUGCUACAGAGAUGCCAAAAAGGAGAAGGGCCCUUGUCCUUGCUGAACUGUGAGGGAAAGAGAAAGCAAUUUGAAGACCUUUUCAAGAGUAUAAUGUUAAACAAAGGAGAGAAAAAAGAAAACAGCUUUGAAAUGCAAAAAGGUGAUGAGGAUCCUCAAAUUGCAGCACAUGUUGUAAGCGAGGCCAACAAUAAAACAGCAUCUGCUCUACAGUGGGCCAAGAAAGGAUAUUACACCAUGAAAAGCAACUUGGUAACUCUUGAAAAUGGGAACCAGCUGACCGUUAAAAGACAAGGACCCUAUUAUGUCUACACCCAGGUGACCUUCUGUUCUAAUCGGGAACCUUCGAGUCAAGGUCCAUUUAUAGUCAACCUCUGGCUGAAGCACAGUGGUGGAUCUGAGAGAAUCUUACUCAGGGCGGCAAAUACCCACAGUUCCUCCAAGCCUUGCGAGCAACAGUCCGUUCACUUGGGAGGAGUCUUUGAAUUACAAGCGGGUGCCUCUGUGUUUGUCAAUGUGACUGAUGCAAGCCAAGUGAUCCACAGAGUCGGCUUCACAUCUUUUGGCUUACUCAAACUCUGAACAGUGUGCUGUCUUAGGCUGCAGCUGGUUGAUGCUGGCAGUCUUCCCUAUACGUCAAAGCAGUUAGGACCCACCCCCUCUUGAACUGCCUAUUUAUAACCCUAGGACCCUCCUCAUGGAGAACUAUUUAUUAUGUACCCCUAAGGCACAUAGAGGUGGAAUAAGAGAAUCGAGGGACAGGCAAAAUCCUAAGGGACCCUGCUCCCUAAGAGUUUAUAAUCUGAAACAGCAACCCCACUGAUGCAGACAACCAGAAAGCCCUAGGAAAUGAUAAAGCCACAAUGUUCAGUUGAUAGAGCUUUGACGAAACAGCAGAUAAUUAAUCAAGCUCAGUUUUGUUGCUUUAUGAGUGUGUCUUUCGGUGGACAGUGAGUGUAUUUGACUAACCAGGAAUGAUGCAGAAGGGCAACUGUGAGUCCUGGAUCACAAUCUGUUAUGGUUGACUGGCUCCAAUAGGCCAGUUUCUAAAGUCUCCCAGGGAGAACUAAGAAACUCUGCCUUCACCUUCUCCCCAGUACCCCAGUACUCACGCUUUCAAUCUCUCUCUCUCUCUCCCCCAUCCCUCUUUAUCUUCCUUUUCGCCUUCCCUCCCCCCACCCCAGAGUCAGGCUGCUGCUGACUGGUUCUCUCAUUAUCUACCCUGUCUCUUUUUAUAGCACAGGGCAGUGUAGAUAGCAGCUCCUGGCCUGCCCAUUCCUCAUGAUGGAUUUGGAAUGACUGUAUUUAAAGAGAUCUGCU